AUGGCGGAUUCUCACUCUCUCAACAAUCAGCUCUCGGGACAUACUUCUAUCUUCGGUUUACGUUUAUGGGUCGUUCUCGGCGUUUGCGUCGGAGCCGGAAUCGUUCUUCUACUGUUUAUUAUCUCCCUCUGGUUCAUUUACAGACGAAGCAACAACAACAAAUCUCUCGACUCCUCCUCUAAAUCGAAUCACACGAUCGUCCCAGUAGUUUCCAAGGAGAUUCAGGAGAUUCGGGUCGACCCAUCUCGACAGAAUUCCAACCCAAUUCAACCCGACCCAACCCCAGAGACACACCAAAACCAAGCUGUCGCUAACAACCGAGAAGACGAAAACAAAAUCCAUAUCGAAAUCGGAAAGGAUCAUCGGAUUUCGUACCCGGAGCGAGGAGGUUGGACUGGUUCCGGGUCCGGUUCCGGGUCGGGUGAUCAGGGCUUAACCAUGUCGGGUCCUGAGGUUUCUCAUUUAGGUUGGGGACACUGGUACACGCUGAGAGAGCUCGAGCUUUCUACAAAUGGAUUCGCCGACGAGAAUGUGAUCGGACAAGGAGGUUACGGGAUCGUGUACAGAGGCGUGCUUGAGGACAAAUCAAUGGUGGCUAUAAAGAAUCUGCUCAACAACAGAGGACAAGCUGAGAAAGAAUUCAAAGUCGAAGUCGAAGCGAUCGGACGAGUGAGACACAAGAAUCUGGUGAGGUUGCUUGGCUAUUGCGUUGAAGGAGCUCAUAGGAUGUUAGUUUACGAGUAUGUUGAUAAUGGGAACUUAGAGCAAUGGCUUCAUGGUGGAGGGUUAGGGUUAAAGAGUCCUCUUACUUGGGAUAUAAGAAUGAACAUUGUUCUUGGAACAGCGAAAGGGUUAAUGUAUUUACACGAAGGUCUCGAGCCUAAAGUUGUUCAUCGUGACAUUAAAUCGAGUAAUAUCUUGCUCGACAAGCAAUGGAACGCUAAAGUUUCAGACUUUGGGCUAGCGAAGCUCUUGGGUUCGGAGAUGAGCUAUGUGACUACUCGUGUGAUGGGUACGUUUGGGUAUGUGGCUCCUGAGUACGCGAGUACUGGGAUGUUGAAUGAGAGGAGCGAUGUUUAUAGCUUUGGUGUUCUUGUUAUGGAGGUGAUCUCAGGGAGGAGUCCUGUGGAUUAUAGCCGGCCUCAGGGAGAAGUGAAUCUUGUUGAGUGGUUGAAGAGGAUGGUGUCGAAUCGAGAAGCGGAAGGAGUUUUGGAUCCGAGGAUGAUGGAGAAACCGUCGUUGAGGUCGUUGAAGCGGACGCUGUUGGUAGCUUUGAGAUGUGUUGAUCCUAAUGCUCAAAAGAGACCAAAGAUGGGCCAUAUCAUUCACAUGCUUGAAGCUGAGGACUUGGUUCCAAGAGAUGAUCGGAGAAACUCCGGCGGGGGAGGAGGAGAUCCGGGAAGGUCACCGCGGAAGAUGAAUGCGGCGACGGAAUCAGAGGAUGAGAGUGUUAAUUCCGUUCUGAUAAAAAAUGACCAGCUAGCUUUGGAGAAGAAUGAGGAGAAUCAGUAA